CAAAGAUAAGACGUCUAUUUUGUUAAUUUGUUUGUUUUCGUUGGAUCAAUUGAAUGUAGAAGAGAAUUUUCAAUAUUGACUAUUGCUAUAACAAAUACUGCGAAGUUGUUAUCGAUAAAUUUACACUUCGUGUUUAAACAAAAAUCUCAAAGUGUUCAAAUCUGUUUGAAUAGAAGACUUGCCUCGUUUUAGGUAUUUUCUGGUACGAGUCUACAUCGUCUAUCAGGUGUGGUUUAACUCGCGCAAUGUUAUUUGAACUAUGUUCGCGCAAAGUUUUUUAAAUUCUCAUGUUGUUUGUCAUUGUUUUUGUUUUGAGCAACAAAAAAUCCGAGUGAACAAUUUACGUGCAGCUGGAACUCAUCAUUGUUUGCGCAGUACAAUUUUGCGAACAUAAAAUCAGAUAUAUUUAUACAGGUAAUUAACACGUGAACUUUAGAUGAGCCUUUUGUGCACGAAUAUAAACUUUGCAAAAAUUUCAUGUUUUAAAUUUACUAAAAUUAAACAAAUAGUAUUUUAUUUCAUAAAAUUUCCGUCGAUAUAAUGCUGAGUCAUCCAACCCUAUAGCGCUAGAAUAAGCACGGCCCUGCGGGCCCCACAUAUCCUCUUUUUCCAACCUUCGCUGGCGAAGAAAGACGUAUCUUGUUUUGUUUACUAAAGGAAAAGAUUUUUAAAAAUGGCUACCAAUGUUACCGAGAAUGAACCUACCAAUGUUACUGAGAACGAACCUGUUUGUACUGGGACAGAAAUUAACGCCAGUCAAUCAGAGAAAGCAUCCAGGAAGAGGGAAAACUCCCUUCCUGGGACUGACAGCACCGUCAGUGAUCAAUCAGAAGGGGAUUAUUGCCCACCUUUAAAGAAAUUUGAGGUGGUUCCCUCAGAAAGAGAGUAUAGUUAUAAUUUUACAGAAGAUCAAAGAGACUAUAUUGUUAAACAUUUUGCAACGUAUAUUAGUGAUCAUGAUUUAAAAUCUUGUAUUUUAAAUAAAAGUCCUGUCCCAGAGAAUGUACCUGGCCCAUCAAACUUGGACAGCUAUCUGAGAGCAUUGCUGGAGGAAAAGACCAAGUCCCCAGUUGUUGCAGAGGACAAGUCGAGUCAAAAAGUCCAACAAAAAAAAACUGAUGUUUUAGGGCCCUUGUCUAAAAUAUGGUCAUUAAUGCAAAGGGCAUUAUCAGCUCAACCAGGUGAAAUAGAAGUAGCUCUGGAGGAAGUGAAUGAACUGGUAGAACAGUCGGUUUUGCUGUUGGGACAAGCGAACAAUGCGGUGACAUAUUUGCGUCGUGUUCGUGUUUUAUCUGCUCUCAUGAAAGAUACGAAAAGUAAACAAUUGCUAAAAGAAAAAUCUUUAUUGCUUUCCAACAUGGGAGAGGAUCUAUUUGGAAAAAAAUUUCGGGAUGACUGGUGCUCAAGCAUGAAAACUAAGCAGAAGUGCCAGGAGCUUUUGAAAAAGGAAUUCAAAGGAAGUUAUACUCCCUUUCGUGGAGGCUCUCUCAACCGUGGAAGAGGUUCGAGAGGGCGUGGAUAUUUUGUGAGAAAAGACUACGGUUCUUCCAGUACAACAACCAGUUCCAACUCAGGAGCACCAAGAGGAAAUCGUGGUUAUGGCGGUGGCUAUCGAGGUGGAUACCGUAGAUCGUACCGUGGAUCAAAUUAAUGUUUAAAUUAUUCUUUUUCAGUGAAAUAACACGUGUGCAUUUUACAUUAUUCAGUAUUUUAUUUUCGAUUUUACCCUCCGGUUUCUUACUUAUUCUAGCGCUAUAGGGUUGGAUGACUCAGCAUUAUAUCGUACUUCAAUUUUAUUUAUAAAAUCCAAAUUACAUUGCGGCCGCUACGCGGCCUUACGUAAUUUAGUAAUUUGUACUUAACCAAAGUGGAUAUUCACUUUUUUGUAGGGCGUUGUAAGGAUGAGAAUUAUGUCUUGUUUUUAAUGAUUAUUGAUUAGUUCAACAUGGAUAUUCAAUGAAGUUAUAUACACAGGGGCUGAUCCAGACUUUUUCAAGACUUACUCGACAAGGCUUAAGUUUAGCAGCUAGGGGUUUUGGGGAACGCUGUAAGCCCCCCAACUGGGGUCUGGGGUGAAACCCCAAAAACUUUUGCUUAUUUGAGCUUUGCGGGUACAAAUAUCGCCAAAAAUUGUCUUCUGAUUUAUCUAGUUAUCAUUAAAAUUGACGAAAGAAACGAUAAGUUAUAAGAAAAUCUCCUAAGAACAUUUUUUAUAAGAAGCAACUCUCCGUCUUAUACGCCAUAUUUUAGAUAGAUAAAAGCACUAAUGCCACUAAAAACUGUGCUAACAUGUAGAACUUAAACUGUUUAUCAAUCAAAAACAACAGCAGAGAUUAACAGGGAUUAACUACAAUUAAGUGACACAAUUAUGAAUAUAUUUCAAUAUUUAUAAAUUCUUGCUGUUUCUGCCAAUAUCAGGCUUCAUCAGCAUGACUAGGUAAAUCAAAUGAUCACACCAGCCAUGGACAGCAAAAUAAAACACAAUCAUAACAAAAACAAUACGAAAAUCGAAAGAUCAGGAUAAUGAAGAUGAAAUGUACAUAAAUGUGAUAUGAUACAUACACA